CUCACUCACUCACUCACCUACCUAACCGGGAGAGGAGUAACAUAACUUCCAAGAGAAGGAGGGAAGGAGAGAGAGAGAGAGAGAGAAAGAAAGAAAAGAAAGCGAGCGCCCGCCCGCCCGGGCACUUCUUCAACCGUUCAAAGCAUAAUUCUUAAGAAGAGCUGUUGUGUGCCUGAUAUGAGAAGAAAUGGCAGCCUAGGGCAGAAAGCAAGCAGGAUCUGCAGCCAUCUUGACUAACGGCAGCAUCUAAAGAUCUGUUGGUUUGUGUAUCGUGAACGAACCGCCAUUGUGCAGCAGGUGUUUGCAGCUAGACCAGAUGAAUCAUGAGCUCUCCAGAUAACACAGAUGGUGUAUCUGGACGAGAGCAGCCUCUGGAACUGUUGACCCGAAGUCGAAUUCACACUAUGCCAACCUCAGCAGUUGAAGUGAAGUCCUCCUUACCCGUGACGAUGCAGACCGCUGCACCCGUCGACCUGCGCACAGACGGCAGAAUUCCGAUCAGCAACAUGGACCCCGUUCUUCGUGAACAGCAGCUGCAGCACGAACUGCUGGUGCUCAAACAGCAGCAACAGAUCCAGAAGCAGCUGUUAUUUGCUGAGUUCCAAAAACAGCACGAGCACCUGACAAGGCAGCACGAGGUGCAGAUUCAGGAACACCUCAAGCAACAACAGGAGAUCCUGGCUGCGAAGCGCCAGCAAGAAUUGGAACAGCAACGCAAGCUGGAACUGCAGCGACAUGAAGAGCUGGAGAAACAGAAGCUGGAGCAACAGUUGCUUAUGCUCCGCAAUAAAGAGAAAGGCAAAGAAAGUGCAAUAGCCAGUACAGAGGUCAAACUAAAACUUCAAGAGUUCUUGUUAAGUAAAACCGCAAAGGAUUCUGCAACAAGUGGAUUGAAUCAUUCCCUCCCCAGCCAUCCCAAAUGCUGGGGAGCUCACCAUGCCUCACUCGACCAGAGUUCCCCACCCCAGAGCACGACACCUCCCACCUACAAAGUCGCUCUACUGGGAUCCUACGAUGGAAAAGACGAUUUUCCACUUCGAAAAACUGCUUCUGAGCCUAAUUUAAAGGUACUCCGGUUAAAACAGAAAGUGGCUGAGAGGAGAAGCAGUCCAUUAUUGAGGCGGAAAGAUGGCACAAUAAUUAGCACAUUCAAGAAGAGAGCUAUUGAAAUCACAGUUUCCUCAGUCUGCAACAGCGCACCUGGGUCAGGCCCCAGCUCUCCGAACAGCUCCAACAAUAUUCCUUCAGAGAAUGGAACAACUGGUUCUGUACACAAUAUUCAUGCUGAGAAUAUGCACGCGCAUCACAGAGCAAUGAACACUGAUGGGUCAGCAAGUCAGCUCAGCCUCUACACAUCCCCCUCACUGCCUAACAUUUCCCUAGGGCUCCCAGCUACAGUCACAGCAUCCAACUCGCAGAUCAAUGCAUCGCAAAAGCUGUCAGCCCAACAGGAAGCGGAGAGGCAAGCUAUACAGUCUUUACGCCAGGGUGGUGCUUUAACUGGAAAGUUCAUGAGCACCACCUCACUACCAUCCUGCCUCACAGGAGUAGCAAUUGAAGGUGGAGAAGGCAACAGUCACAGUCACCCUUCCCUCCUUCAGCACGUGCUGCUACUGGAACAGGCUCGACAGCAGAAUGCUCUGAUAGCUGUGCCGCUCCACGCACAAUCGCCCCUCGUGACGAGCGAGAGAGGAUCUUCCAACCUUCGCACGGUGAACAAAUUGCCUCGGCACCGUCCGCUCAGCCGUACCCAGUCAGCUCCUCUACCCCAGAGUCCACAGGCUCUGCAGCAGUUGGUGAUGCAGCAACAGCACCAGCAGUUCCUGGAGAAACAGAAACAGUACCAACAGCAAAUCCAGCUGAAGAUGCUUUCCAAGUCAAAUGAGCCACCCAGACAGCCUCCCAGCCACCCGGAAGAGACAGAGGAGGAAUUGUGUGAGCAACAGGACAUGCAGGAGGAUCAGACACCUUCAAGCAGCAACCGCCUCAAUCCCGGGGAGAGCGAGGGAGCAGACCAGCCCCCUGAGCAGGACGCAAUGCAGGUGAAGGAUGAGCCACCGGAUAGCGAAGAGGAAGAUCAAUUGGAAGAUCAGAGAGAAGCUGAAGAACAAACGCUGCAUUUUAAUCAGCAAUUCUUGGACCAACAACGCAUGCAACAGCUUCACGUGUACCAGGCUUCCGUAGCCAUGGGUAGCAUGUCUGUGACCGACCGGCAUCGACCACUAUGUAGAGCUCAGUCAUCGCCAGCCACUGCAAACUUAAAAACUCCUGUUACAGAGAGCCCCAUCAAGCAUCUUUUCACUACUGGUUUGGUCUAUGACACUUUCAUGCUGAAACACCAGUGUACAUGCGGUAAUACUAACAACCAUCCAGAGCAUGCAGGGAGAAUACAGAGCGUUUGGUCCAGGCUCCAGGAAACUGGGCUGCUCAGCAAGUGUGAGCGAAUCCGCGGUAGAAAGGCGACUCUGGAUGAAAUUCAAACAGUGCAUUCAGAACACCACACAUUGUUAUAUGGCACCAGCCCUCUGAACAGACAGAAGCUGGACAGUAAGAAGUUGCUAGGUCCUAUUACACAGAAGAUGUAUGCACUGCUACCCUGUGGUGGACUUGGGGUGGACAGUGACACAGUGUGGAAUGAGAUGCACUCUUCUAGUUCUGUUCGGAUGGCCGUUGGCUGUGUCAUUGAACUUGCAUUCAAGGUAGCUUCAGGCGAGCUCAAGAACGGUUUUGCUGUUGUCAGACCACCGGGCCAUCACGCUGAAGAAUCCACCGCAAUGGGAUUCUGCUUCUUCAAUUCCGUGGCAAUUUCCGCUAAGCUGCUUAAACAGAAACUUAACGUCGGGAAAAUUUUAAUCGUGGAUUGGGAUAUUCACCAUGGAAAUGGUACACAGCAGGCCUUUUACAACGACUCCAAUGUGCUGUACAUUUCUCUGCAUCGUUAUGAUGAUGGAAACUUCUUCCCUGGUAGCGGCUCCCCAGAUGAAGUUGGAACAGGGCCUGGCGUAGGCUUCAACGUCAACAUAGCUUGGACAGGUGGUGUGGAUCCCCCUAAUGGAGACGUGGAGUAUUUUACAGCUUUCAGGACUGUGGUGAUCCCAAUAGCCAACGAGUUCUCUCCCGAUGUUAUCCUGGUCUCCGCCGGCUUCGAUGCUGUAGAAGGACACCCCUCACCACUUGGUGGAUACUCAGUGACAGCCAAGUGUUUUGGCUACCUGACCCAACAGCUGAUGAAGCUUGCUGGAGGACGUGUGCUGCUUGCUUUGGAAGGAGGACAUGAUCUCACUGCCAUCUGCGAUGCAUCCGAGGCCUGUGUUUCAGCCCUGCUGGGUAAUGAGCUCGAUCCACUUCCUCAAGAAAUACUUCAACAAAAGCCCAAUGAAAAUGCCAUUGCAUCUCUGGAGAAAGUCAUUGAAAUUCAGAGCAAACACUGGAGCUCAGUGAAGCGCUAUUCUUCCACCGUCGGCUACUCACUCCUCGAGGCCAGAACACGUGAAAAGGAAGAAACGGAGACUGUUACGGCUCUGGCCUCCCUGUCGGUGGACACGGAGCAGACCAAUCCAGAGCCAGAGACCAGGCAGGGGGAUGAACCCAUGGAGGAAGAACCAGCAAUGUAAAGUGCCACUGGUCAUGUUACUGUCACCUAUGUGAAUCUUUCUUGUAACCCCCUUUAAAGUCUAUCAGACAUACAGUGUCCGUUGUCUGCCUCUGACAGUGUUAUUGCAUUGAACUUGAACUCUGUGAACAACAUCUCGUCUUCAAGCUAGCUUCACUAGCCAACCUGUCUGUAUUUGAAGACCUGGAAUUGGACGAGUUUAAAGGGACACCACAGCUUUGUAUUUCUUCAAAGUUCGUCUGUUCUCCCUUAAGGGGGAGAAAAAUGUUUUAAAGGUUACAAAACACUCGAGGCUUUGAUUUCAUAUCCCGAGCCUAAGCGCAAUGGUAAGAUGUGAGUCUUUGAAAUGCUUAUGAGAGUUGAUAAGUCUGCUUCCUAGAGGAUGUUGAAAAGCAGGAGGAAAAAAUGUUGUGGAGAGGAAGCAGCAUAAUAAUUUUGUCAGGAGAUUUGAAAGGAAAUUUGUGCCUUGUUUUAAAAAAGUGGUUGGAACUCACAACUUCAUUUUUAAAUGCCUUAAUUUACAUUACUGAAAUAUUGCUGUUUUUUGGAACAUAGUCGGAAAUGACAUGACCAUCCAAUUGACAACCCCUCAACUACUUUUAAUCACAGUUAUGAUGAACAACACACACCCCCACUCCCCAAUCUCUGUAUAAAGGGUUUGGUUUUGGUUUAUUUAUUUCUUUUCUUUUGUAAUAUUUCGUAAAAUGUUUAUUUGUGUAAUUUGCCAUGACCAAUCGUUACCUUGGCGAAUUUUCGUUUGUGUUUUCUUCUGUAAAUAUCCUCUCCCUAAUAUGGUCUUGUAUAUUCUUUGAGCUUCUCCAGUUGCUAUUUGAACAAAGCCUAAACUUCGGUUCUCCCCUUUGUUUCCCUUAUUUACCUUUAGAAAGCUUUAACGUUUAAAAAGAGAGGUUAACUCGAUAUAAUUUUCAUAGAAUUUUAUGGUUUAUAAAAUCUGAAGAUUAUUUUUGUCUUUCUUUUCUACUUGAGACACAACCUGUUUAAAGGGGUUUGGUAUCUCUGCUGGGUGGGAUGGUGCACUAUUGGACAGUGGUUCAUUUGGCAAGGUCUAUCUUUGGCAUAUUUUUCUGCUGAACUUCUUACGAGGUUCUUUUCACCAUUCUCAUUCUUAAAGGUGGUCUUUAAUUUGAGCCCCUGGUGCUGAUGUACACCUCCACUUAAUGCCUUCUGCAGCUAGAAAGCAAACUAAGCUUAACAGCGCUGGUAAGAACAGUUGAAUUCAGACGCCAUAUUGAAGCGAGACUGCGUUCAUAAUGAUGAGCGCUUUUCGUGUGACUGAAUGAAGCAUUAUAUAUAGUAAGCGAUGUACAAAUUCUUGCUUUUCAAAGGCUUACAGAGGACAGGUCAGAAAGCAGGUGAACAGUGCGAUGGAUAGUGGACGGUGAAGGAGGGGUGGGGAGAGAGGAAGAGUUUACUGAACUAUUUAUGAUGCUGUACUCAGUAAACUUUAAAGAAGGCUGAGGAUGUAUGAAAGGAAAAGGGCAGAACUUUUACGACCUUGGUAAAUAAUUCAAAAACCUUUCUAAUAUCAAACAGCUGGCCAAGAAAACCAAGUUGUGGGCCCUGCUUAAAAAGAAUAAAAGUAGUUUUAUAAAUUGAGUUUGCUCAACAAAAGUAACUAUUUACUAAUGCACAAGUUAUUAGACAACUGAGCUUUGUAGUUGCACCCAGUAGAAAAAUAGUUGUGAUAUUUAGAUAAGAACCAGCUGGGAUAACCGUGACCGACACACGGACACACUAACGUUUGUGGAUUUGGGUCCCGUUAAACUGGCAUUCACACAAGUAGAAGGUGCCAUCAAACAGAGAGAAGUUUAAACGACCGAUUGGGCCUGUAUUGUACACAAUGAGAGUUGUGAUUAGUAGACAGAUGGCUAUGGGAUUGAUUCAGUGAAUCUGUAAAUGUCUUCGAAGUGAAAGGCUGGCCCUCUCAAUACAGGUUAACUAAUGAUUUGCUGCCGCGCUUUGGUUGUGCCUCAGAAGGUGAUACAAGUGCAGUCCAUGCAUUUCACAACAGUAAAUGAAGCUUUACUUGCCAUCUGCUACACAUUGGCGUGAAUUUUGUAAAAUUGUGAUUUUAUUGGUUUCGUUUCACGCAAAGCAGCUUGGUAUUGAUGUAUUUUAGUAAAAACAAAAUAUAUUUUACAUUUCUGGCUUAAAAUAAAGGCAUACAAUAUAAAUAUUGUAUAUAUAGAAUAUAUUGUUUAAACACAUAGUUUUGCUGCUGUUUUGGGUGGAUAAAUAUUAUAACUUUUUCAAUAAUCACUCUGAGUGGAUUUAGUAAUGUUAACAUAGCACGCUGGAACAAACCCGUUUAAGAUUCCAGUUUUUAACAGUUGCAAAAGACAUUCCUCUUUCCUUUUCUCUGUUUUAGCUGAAUCCGUUUUCAUUCCUUUAUUUAUGAAGUGAUGGAAAGUUUUUACGAGACAUUGCUUUGACUUUUCGGGUCCACUGGCUGGGCUUUUCUGACCACGAGAAUGCAGCAGCAUUAACCUCGAAGCUGUCGAGGUGAACGGAGCGAUUUCAUUUUCCUAGGAUUCCUUGGAUGAUUGCAAUAGGGAUUUCUCAGUGACCUUAUGAAAGUACAAGAUUGGGGGUGAAGAUGGAGGAGUUUAAAUUAUUUUGCUCGGAAUCAUAAUGUUUGUACAAUAAAUUGUGCCGUUGCAUUGUUUUGAAUACAGUUUUAGAGUCGAGGCUGAUACGUAUGCAAGUGGGGGGAACGGGAUUGUAUUUUAAAACAGUGAAGCUGGCUUUCCUGUACAAAUAUUGACUAUUUUUUUUCCCAAUGUGUGCCUAGUGUCUGAAAAAUGUUUCUUCCGGGGCCAGCCCUACGGAUCUUAUGGUGGUUUAAAUACACAGCGAUAGAUACACAGCGACAGAUCAUUUUUUUGGGUUCCAUCAAACGCCCUCGAUAGAAGAAUCCACUGUAAAGUAAAUCAGUGAGAAGCCCAUUCCGACGAAUGUUAUCCGAUUCAUUGCAAACUUUAUUUUUUCAAAACGGGAGAUUUGCAGUGAUGGUCUCUCCCUUUAGGAUUCUCUACAGGUGUAAAAAUUGCUCUGCCAAAAUUCGUUCCUUGUGCUAGACUUUUCACUGAGGUAUAACGUGACGUGCAAACAUACUAAACGGACGCCUCUGUUGGAGAAGCAACGAAGCAAGUCUUGAUGACCGAUUGCAUCUCACUGUACUGAAUUACAGCAAAGUGCAGAACAGAUUUGAUGUGUGAUAUAAAAUUUUUACUGUGUUGCUGUAACCUUUCACCAAUACAGUCUUAGUAACCAUAAUUGACUAUGGAACAAUUUUUCCUGUUGAUUUUAUUCUGCCUUGCUAUAUAUCUGUUCCUAUGAGGUUAAAAAGAAGCCUUUAUCUAUCUAUCUAACUACUGGAGGAUGGAUGUAUCGAUGUGGUAAAACUGUCUGUCAAUAGCCAUUUCCUUGCUGUAUUGGCAACAAUCUUAUCUGAAUUUAUUUUCAAAUGUAUAACUACAGGAGUUGUCAAAACUGCAUUUAAACCACAUUUUAUUGUUUUUGUAUCCAUUGACACGCAGUGUCACGAAUAGAAUUGUAUCAAUAAGUUAAAUGUCUGUAUUUAGGUGAUGUGCUAAGUGUGUGUAAAGUGGUUUAUUAACAGUAUUGUGUUGUAGCAAUAGUUUAUAAUUUUUUUGUCACAUUCAAACUGAUGUAAAUCUCAAAAACAUGUUCCUUCUCCCCCUCUCACUCCAUCUUCUAUUUCUGUAUCGUUUGAAGUCCAGUAUUUUGUAUCAUGUUAUAACAUGUGUUUGUGUAAAUAAAAUAAUUUGUUUCUGGCAAAAAGAUAAACACUUGGGUUUCCAAUUGCUGUUUAUAAGUCAACAUAAACCACGCUCAGUAAAAUUUGACAUCCUCAUAGGGGAAAGGAAGAGUCAUUGCUCAAUAAAAACUUUUGUCCAGUGCCAUUUGCUUUAAACGCUCACUAGUUUGUGCUGUCAGGAAAAGGGGGUUAAAAGUAUAGAGAUUUGUGACCAGCUGUUCAAUCUAUAAACAGAUUUAUUAAUAAUUGUGGGUUGUUAACUCUUAAUUAUUAAAUUAUUAAUUUGGUAACGAAAA